AUGGGCGCCGCCCCGGCCUCCGGGCCGCCUCCUCCCCCCGCCGGCGACGCCCUGGCUUUCAUCAAACAGUCCAGGCAUCCCGUCGCGGCAGCAUUUCACUUCGUCUUCAAGGCUCUAGCCAUUUUUUUCUACCUUUUCGGUGGCUUUUUCUCUUCCAAUUUCGUCUUUAUCUGCGUGGUUUGCAUCUUGUUGCUGGCUUUCGAUUUCUGGACAGUUAAGAAUGUCACGGGGCGCCUCCUCGUCGGCCUCCGGUGGUGGAACAACGUGCGGGACGAUGGCAGCAAUGAGUGGGUGUUCGAAUCGGUCGAGAACCCGGGAGAAAUCCACCCCGCGGAUGCUCGCCUGUUUUGGACUGGAUUGUACGUGACGCCCAUUGUAUGGUCGGUCUUCUUCUUGGUGGCCCUCCUUAAAUUCUCCGUGCAAUGGUUGGUGAUCGUUUUCGUGGCUUUGGUUCUGAGCGGGGCGAAUAUUGUCGGAUACUACAAAUGCAGCAACGACCAAAAGAAGAAGGUACAAAACGUGGUGCAA